AUGUGCACUUCUGGGUUUAGCAAUAUGGGGCAUCUGUUGUCACCUCUCCUCUUGAGCCUGGCAGCAGUUUUUUCCAAAGUGACUGAGAGUCGAGGGAUCCUGGAGAGUAUACAGAGAUUUUCUUUACUGCCAACUUACUUGCCCGUGACCUAUCGUAUCCACAAUGCGGAUGUUUCCUUCUUUCUUAAGGAAGCCAACCAGGAUAUUAUGAGGAAUUCUAGCUUGCAGUCCCGAGUGGAGUCCUUUCUGAUCUACAAAUCCAAGAGGCCACCUGUGUUAAAUGCCAGCUAUGGACCUUUUUCCAUUGAACAAGUAGUGCCCCAGGACUUAAUGUUGUCUUCAAAUCCAUUUGGAUCUACUAACAAGUUCUCCUUUAAUUGGAAACUUAAGGCCUUCAUAGUGAGUGACAAAAUUUACCUGAGCAAGCCCAAAGUCCAGGUCCUGUUCUACAUCGUGGGCAGGGACUGGGAUGACUAUAGCACCACGGAACGGCUGCCCUGCCUGCGGGUGUUUGCCUUCCGAGAGACACGGCAAGUCAGAGGCAGCUGCAGGCUGAAAGGGGAUCUGGGGUUGUGUGUGGCAGAGCUGGAGCUCCUGCCAAGCUGGUUUAACCCCCCCACGGUUGUUGCCGGCCGUAAGAAACCAAUGGAUCAAUCUGAAGGGAGCCCUGUGGAGCUUUACUAUGCCAUACAACCAGGAGAUGAGAAAGGGGAAUGCACCAAGGAGGAUGUAAGGAAAAGUAAUGGGAUCCGACCAGGGCGCAAUGACAUUGAUGAGUCGGGACCUCCCUUGCAGAGGAUUGGAAGUGUUUUCCUUUACCAGACACAUGCUGCCCCUUCCUUAAAUGAAAUGAGAUUGGAUAAUAAUAUUGCCAUCCAGUAUGCACCAAAGACUGUCAAGCAAGGUGACAUUUUGACUUUCUUUGUAUCUGUUGCUAAAAAUUCAACAGAAGAUCAGUUCACACUGAGGGCAAAGGUGAAGAAAGGUGUGAACGUUUUCAGUGUAAGAGCCAGCAGCCCAUACUUAUGGGACAUCAGAGAGAGCAUGGAUUAUACUGGGAAAUAUGCACCAGCUGUUAUUGUUUGCCAGAGGAAAUCUGCUGCCUCUGAAAACAGUGCGGAUGGUCCUUCCUCUGAAAUCAUGCAAAUUGAUUUUGAAAUUGAAGACCUAACUGACUUACCUGGGACCCAGCUCAUCACAUGGCAAGUAGAAUAUCCUGGAGAUACAGCAUCUGAUCUAGGAAUCUCCAAGAUCUACGUAAGCCAGAAGGACCUGGUAGGAGUUCUCCCUUUGGCUAUGGAAGCAGAGAUCCUGAAUACAGCUAUCCUCACUGGGAAAACAGUGGCUGUCCCUGUCAAAGUCAUCUCCGUGGAAGAUGAUGGGACUGUGACUGAUCUUCUGGAAUCUGUGGAGUGCAGAUCAUCUGAUGAAGACGUCAUUAAGGUUUCUGACAGAUGUGACUAUGUCUUUGUCAAUGGGAAGGAAAUGAAAGGGAAAGUGAAUGUCGUAGUUAAUUUUACUUACCAGCAUCUGAGUGCCCCUUUAGAAAUGACAGUCUGGGUUCCUCGUCUCCCGCUGCAGAUAGAGGUCUCUGACACAGAACUAAAUCAGAUCAAGGGGUGGAGAGUCCCCAUCAUCUCUAAUAAGAGAGCAGCCAGGGACAGCGAUGAUGAAGAAGAGGAUGAACGUAAGGGAAGAGGCUGUGCCCUUCAGUACCAACAUGCGAUGGUGCGAGUCCUCACACAGUUUGUAGCUGAAGCCUCAGACCCUGGUGGCCAGCUGAGCUAUUUACUGGGUUCUGACUGGCAGAUUGACAUUACCGACCUGGUGAGUGACUUCAUGCAGGUGGAGGAGCCAAGAAUCGCUAAGCUGCAGGACGGACAGGUUUUGAUUGGGCAGGAGCUUGGAAUGACGACAAUUCAGAUAUUGUCCCCCCUUUCGGAUGCUAUCUUGGCUGAGAAGACAGUGACGGUUCUGGAUGAGAAGGUGACAAUAACUGACCUGGGAGUGCAGCUGGUAACUGGAUUGUCGCUUUCUCUGCAGCUCAGUCCAGGAAGCAAUAAGGCCAUCUUUGCUACAGCAGUAGCACAAGAGCUGCUGCAAUCUCCAAAGCAGGAAGCAGCCAUCAGCUGCUGGAUCCAGUUCAGUGAUGGGUCUGUCAUGCCCCUGGAUAUUUAUGACUCCAAAGACUUCUCCUUAUCAGCUACAUCUCUGGAUGAGAAGGUGGUCUCCAUUCACCAUGACCCUAAAUUCAAGUGGCCUGUGAUUGCUGCUGAAACAGAAGGCCAGGGGACACUGGUGAAGGUAGAGAUGGUGAUCAGUGAAUCAUGCCAGAAAUCCAAAAGAAAGAGCAUCCUAGCUGUUGGCAGUGGUAGCAUUAAAGUCAAGUUUGGGCAGAGUGAUGCCAACCCUAACAUCAGUGACAGUAAACACAGGGGUGCUGGUGUCCACCUAGAAAAUCAUGCCAGUGACAGGCGUCAGAAAACCACUUUGCAGGAAAGAGCUGGGCUAGAUGGCCAGUAUUACAGCUCCUCAGUGGGCCAUGAGCAAGGCAAAGGGACCACCACUCAAAGAUCUAUUUUAAGUAAAAAAGAAGACAGAGAAAGCCUCCUGGAUGACGACAGCCAUCUGCAGAACAUCCCAAUAGACUUCACAAGCUUCCCUGCACAGGUGGAUCUGCCAAGAAACAACGGAGACUUGGAAGAGAAUGACCUAGUCCAGACCCCUAGGGGACUCAGCGACCUGGAGAUAGGCAUGUAUGCUCUUCUGGGAGUCUUUUGCCUGGCAAUUCUGGUGUUCCUUAUCAACUGUGUCACUUUUGCUUUGAAGUACAGAAACAAGCAAGUUCCCUUUGAAGAGCAAGAAGGCAUGAGCCACUCUCAUGACUGGGUUGGGCUGAGCAACAGGACAGAACUUCUGGAGAAUCACAUAAAUUUCUCAUCUCAACAAGAUGAACGUAUCACAGCCAUUGAUAGAGGAUUGGACUAUGAAGAGAGCAAAUAUCUCCUCAACACAAAUGCCACCAAAAAUAUUAACGGACAAUCUUUCAAGUCUACUGAGUCCCCAUUCGCUGAUGGGAAAGAACAGAAAAGUGAACCAACUGCUUCUCCUACCUCUAAGAGGAAACGGGUUAAAUUCACCACUUUUACCACCAUCUCCUCUGAUGACGGGUGUCCAACUGUCAACUCAAUCUUGAUGAGUAGUGAGGAUGACAUUAAAUGGGUCUGCCAGGAUAUGGACCUGGGGGAGUGCAAAGAACUUAAAAACUAUAUGGAGAGAUUACAUGAAAAUGCAUAA